CUUUUCUCCACACCGCCCUUCCUCCUAUUAUUCUGUACUAUAAUACAACUCUAGAGCUAGUUAGUUUCGUCAUGCCAGCUGUGAAUUCAAAGCCUGCUCGCGGUCUGGCGUCCGCAAAGUUUGGAGGCGCAGUAAUGGUCUCCCUAGUGGUGGUCCUGUACAGCUACAUCCAGCACCGCCAGACCGCAGAAAAGGCCAAGCGCAGCAUGUCAUUGUCCGCCGCCUUGAGCACAGUCAGCAUGCGCAGUAUGCGUGGAGGUGGCACCUACGACUCCAACCAAUGGACAGAGAGCGACGAGCGCGAACGGCGAUUUGACAAGGACGCGCCGUUCUUCCCUGCGUCCCUGAUCGACAGAGGCCAGGGCGCGAAAAACUCGGGCAAGCUGAACCGCACGUUCUUUGCGCAGCUGCGCGCACUGACCCGGAUCAUGGUUCCGUCACUGGCAAGCCGCGAAAUGCUGAUUAUUGCCAUGCACACGGUAUUCCUUGUCCUGCGUACGUGGCUGAGCGUUGUGGUUGCGGAGCUGGACGGCAAGAUUGUCAAGCACCUGGUACGCGGGCAUGGACGCAAGUUUCUGGCUGGCCUCCUGUCGUGGUUCGCCAUCGCAAUUCCGGCGACAUACACCAAUAGCAUGAUCAAGUUCCUCGAGUCGAAGCUGGCGCUGGCGUUCCGCACAAGGCUCACGCAGUACGUCCAUGACCUGUAUCUGAACGACCAUCUGAGCUACUACAAGAUGCUCACGCUUGACGGGCGCAUCUCCAAUCCGGACCAGUUCAUCACAACCGAUAUUGCGCGGUUCUGCAACAAGCUCGCGAGCUUCCUUUCCAACCUCGGAAAGCCGACUCUGGACACAAUCAUAUUCAAUAUCCAGCUGAUCCGGGGAGUUGGAUUCCACGGCACCGUCGGCAUGUUCGCCAUGUACAUGGCCACCGCCAGUCUUUUGCGCGCAUGGACACCGGCGUUUGGCAAAAUGGCUGCAUCGCAUGCCAAGCUUGAGGGCGAGUUCCGUGCCAACCACGCACGGGUUAUUACGAACGCUGAGGAGAUUGCAUUUUACCGUGGCGAGAAGCGCGAGGAAGAGCAGCUGCAGUUCAGUCUCACAAACCUGCUCGAGCACGCCCGCAGCGUGGCCAAGCGCAAGAUCUCGCAUGUUGUGCUUGAGGAUAUGGUGAUCAAGUAUACGUGGUCGGCAUUCGGGUAUCUGGUCUGUGCACUGCCGUUCUUUUUGCGGCCAGCUAUAGGCGGCGGUGGCAGCAGUGGCAUCGGUGGUGGCGGCGAUGACGGCGGAUUCCGCACCCAGAGCUUUAUCACCAACAAGCGCAUUCUGGUCAAUUUGUCCGAUGCCGGUGGGCGCAUGAUGUAUUCGAUCAAGGAAGUCAUGGAGCUGACCGGGUACACCAGCCGUGUGUACUCGCUCAUCAGCACCCUGCACGCAAUGCGUCGCGAUGAGUACGAGAAGCCCGAGCAGACUGACGACGAUGAACAGCCCAAGCUGCCCGAGUUCUCGCUGGCAGAUAUUAGAGGCGUGCGUCGCGGCCAGCACUGGAUGAUUGCUGGCCCCAAUGGCGUCGGCAAGACCUCGGUCCUGCGCGUGCUGAGCGGGCUGUGGCCGGCAUUUGCAGGCACAGAGAUCAUCUACAUUCCGCAGCGCCCGUACCUAUCGCUCUUGGGCCGAACCGACGAGGAGCUAAUGGAGGUCCUGCAUGCAGUGCAUUUGGCGUACUUGCCGUCGCGUGAAGGCGGAUUGGGUGCGCGCAAAGAGUGGAAGGAUGUACUGAGCGGCGGCGAGAAGCAGCGCAUCAACCUGGCCCGGCUUUUCUACCACCUGCCACGGUUCGCUGUGCUUGACGAGUGCACGAGCGCAGUCAGCGCCGACGUCGAGGGGCUCAUGUACGAGCACGCCAAGCGGCUGGGCGUCACCCUGAUAACAAUCUCGCACCGCCCGGCGCUCUACAAGUACCACACCACCAGCCUGAGCAUCCACAGCAUCUCCGAGGAGAGCCACCCGGAGACCGAGACCACCGAGUCGUGGGAGACCGACAUGGCGUCGAGUGGCGUGCUGUGGGAUGUCGUGCAGCUGUCGACUGACGCUGGGACCACGGAUUCUUCGCAGUCGAGCUCGCCACCGGAUCUGUCGCCACAGCUGGGAAAUGCUAGCGAGCUCGCGCUGGCGCUAUCUACAAUCGCGGGCCACGAAAUCGAGCAGCUACGAAGGCUGCUGGAGGCGAAGCGCGCGCAGGCUGCCAGUCUGCAGGCACGGCUCGCAGCGGUGCAGCAAGAGCUGGAUGUGGUGACUCUGUAGCCAUUGGACUACAUGUUGACAAUUGGAUUUCUGUAUAAAAAUGACACCGCCUCCACACACGGAAGCGGGCAGAAAAGCAGUCUGGAGACAUUCGCCACAGGUCAAAUAUGCGCCAGCGCUCUUUGCUGCCAUGUCUUGAAGUGGCUUCACAGUGAAUUGUCACCCGCAUUGCAGCUCUGCGGAGUGGGACCGAGCUGCGGUGCGGUUCGCAGAGGGGGAAGGGGAGGGAUAUGCGACAAUUACUGCAUUGAAAGACAGUAGAAAAACGAAAAACCACAACAUCCCUCCCUUGAUACUGUGAUGGGGGAGGGGAGGAGGAGGCUGUGUAGGGCAGCCGAGCGUAUGUGCUGGCACAUCAUAUUCAUUGCAUGGUGAAUGCGAGUGCGAUUCAGUCAACGGAGGCAGGAAUAAAAUAAACAAUCC